GAAUUCCCAAUUUCCCCAGGCUCCGAGGAGGACGAGGAUGAGGAGGUGAAGAAGAAACGGGAGAAGCAGCGGAGGAGGGACCGCAUGAGGGACAGGGCCAUGGACAGGAUCCAGUUUGCCUGCUCCGUGUGCAAGUUCCGCAGCCUGGAUGAGGGAGGAGCUGCAGCGGCACCUGCAGAGCAAAUUCCACCGGGACACCCUGCGCUACAUCGGCACCAAACUGCCCGACAGGACCGUCCAGUUCCUCCAGGAGUACAUCGUGAACAGGAACAGGAAAAUCGAGCGGCGCCGCCAGGAGCUGACGGAGAAGGAGGGGAACAAACCCAGGGCCGACCCCUUCAAGGGCAUCGGUCAGGAGCAUUUCUUCAAGCGCAUCGAGGCCGCGCAUUGCCUGGCGUGCGACAUGCUGAUCCCAGCCCAGGGAAACCUGCUCCAGAGACACCUGAGAUCGGCUGAGCACAACCGCAGCCGCAGGGUGAGAGACUGA